UCACGAAUAAAUAUUUAUAAUGUAACCUUACUACCAAAGUAUAACACCCGCUACUGAUUUUAAUGUCAAGAGGAUAUUUCAUACCAUACAUUACAACUCAGUAAACCUAGAAGAAGUGACCUUCAAAGCUGUUCAUCGGAUGAAGUUCCGCUGGUCUACCGAUAGCGUAUUAUGGCGAGUUCCUCUCCUGGGGGAUCAAACACUCGCGAAGAAUCGGAAGAGGAUGACUUUUAUAGUUAUGACGACACUGAUUCCUACGUAGACUAUGACAAGUCAUUUUUAGACAAAGCGACAGUUGAGGGUUUCAAGUACAAAGAGCUCAGCGUAGAUGAAGUGGAAGGUGUGCUUAAUCAAGAAGUCGAAAAGUUGUGUAAUGCUGUCCAGCUCCCGCCUUCCAUUGCUCGAUUACUGCUCUCCAACAACGAGUGGAAUGUCGAACGGAUUAAAUCGAAGUUUGCAUCAAAUCCACUCGCUUUACUCGCCUCACAGGGUCUAUUGCCUCCUCCCACCUCUUUCUACGCAACUGCCUCUGAUAGCCCGGCUGUGAUGAAUGCUUUGGAAGCGGCACGUAUUGCUGGGCAUUCCGUCAAAUGCUACACAAAUCCACCAAAGCUAAACACCGCAGACGAUGUGUGUUCCAUAUGUUUCGACCGCCCUUCACCCUCCUCAUCCCGAGUGGAAUUCUUCCCUCAGUUCCCCGUCUUUGGUUCUGGUACUUCUUCCAUUCAACUAAGGCCGCCACUACCUCAGUCUCCCCUACUCUACGGGCUAUCCUGUGGACAUCGCUUCUGUGCUGGCUGCUGGUCAGAUUAUCUAUGCACUCAGAUAAGCGAAGGUUUUAGCAUGGAAAUCAGAUGCAUGGCAGUAUCGUGUAACGUACUUGUUCCCGAGGACUUUCUUCUGUCAUUACUGAAAGGCUCCCCCUUGAGAGACAAGUACCUAACCUUCAUUUUUCACCGUAUGGUUAUGAGUCAUCCAUCUCUUCGGUUUUGUGUGGGCGCCGAUUGCUCCGUCGUCAUUUGUGCGUUGGAGCCACCCAAGGCCCGGCGUGUGUUUUGUUCGCGUUGCGACACCUCCUUUUGCUUCGUGUGCGGUGAGCCGUAUCACGCACCCACCAGCUGCGACAUCAUGAAGCGUUGGAUAGUGAAAUGUCACGAUGAUUCUGGCACCGCAACCUACAUGGCUGCGCAUACUAAAGACUGUCCAGAGUGUCAUGUAUGCAUUGAGAAAAAUGGUGGUUGCAAUCACAUGCAAUGCACGCACUGUAACCACGAAUUCUGCUGGGUCUGUUUAGAAGACUGGUCUACUCAUUCGGGUCACUAUUACACGUGUAGCCGUUACACUGAGGUAUCAGAUCCGGCAAAAGAUCAAGCUCGCCAACAGGCUCGCGAGUGUUUGAGACGCUACGUAUUUUACUACGACCGUUGGACCAACCACGAGCGAAGCCUCCAGCUGGAACAGGAACAUCGAGUCGCUGUCACCAAGCGAAUUCAUGAGAAGGUACUAAACAAAGAGGGCACUUGGAUUGACUGGCAAUAUUUGCUGACCGCCGCAGACACAUUGCGCGAUUGCCGUUACACCUUAAAGUACACCUAUCCGAUGGCCUUCUUUUCUGAACACCUAAAAAAUCGAGAACUGUUCGAAUACCAACAGGCACUUUUAGAGUCCGAAGUGGAAGACUUGGCUUGGAAAGUGGAACGUGCAAAAAUAACCGACCGAGCCGCUUUGCAAAACGCCAUGGACCUAUGCGAGAAGCAUCGUUUGACUCUGCUUCAUGAGUUUCUCAAAGAUUGAGACAGUGUCCCGCGAAAAAGCACAGGUGAUCAGUGCCCCUCCCCGCUUGUGUAAACAUACCACUGAGUAUCGGCGCCAUUGUUUCCCUAGUCUGUCCUAACUUUAUUUGGUUUAUGCUACUUUGCCUACUUCGCUUCUUCACUUGUCUAUUUACAUUUGGCAAUACACGUAACUUUAUGGAUUUU